AUGAUGAUGCGCAGGAGAGCCAGUGGAAGUCCUGAAGCUGACCGAUCAGGCGAAGAAAGGCCAGAAGAGGAGAUGCUUGGGCCAACUGGGAGACCUGUGAGUUAUGGACCUCAAAACCCUCAAAUGUUGGAACUUGAAGAUGAAAAGAAAGAUGUAGAGAAUGAAGAACCCAAAAAAGAGCUAGAGCCGCUGUUCACCGAAGAACAAGUGAGGCAGUUUGAAGAACUGCACAACAGAGCACCUCUGUUGUAUGGAAGUCCACAGAGGACGCAGCUAGGAAUAGAGGAUGAAGCCAGGUCUUCAGGUUUAGCUUUGGAAGAUGUGCAGUUGGAAAGACCGAAGUUUCUACCUGCAGAAAGACCUGCAGCGAUGCCUGCUGGUACGCCCUCAGUGAUUUAUCAGCAGCAGAUGAUGCAGUACUUCUUCAUGUUGCAGCAAGAGAACAUGCAGCUGAAGAUGGAACAGGAGUUGCUGAAAGAAAAGCUGAGGGAGAAGGAAGAAAGAAAGACCUCUGAGGUAGAGGUGCCAAAUGGCGAAGGAGGAAGAAAGGCUAAGCCUGAAGUGGAAGGGUUUCAGACUCCUGAAAGCCAACAGCAAGGAAGCCGUGCAGCUGAAGACCGGGUUGUGAAGACAGAGAAUGACUUGGAAUCCGAGAGGAGAAGGCUGUACGAGUUGACACCGAUGGAGCAAUAUGAUGAAUUGCAAAAGGUGAUGGAUGCUGCGGUGGGUUCAGUGAAGAAGCCACCUCCUGGACGAGACCUUCGAGGACCUUGGGAAUCUCAUCAACCUUCAGAAGGAGCACGACAGAAAGAAAGAGAUGUUCCAAAGAAGGAAGCAGGUGAGAAAGGGACCGGAGGAGAUGCCAGGAAGAACCAAGGAAAUGCGUUGGAGCCAGCUGAUGAUGGAAGAAUGCAAAGGCAGGUUGAUGUCCUGUCUAAGAUGAUGUUGCACCUUCUGGAAAGUCAGCAAGGUAAAGAUGAUGGAGAAAAGAUGGAAGCGGUCAAACCUGGAGUGAACAAGUUGCAGACCCUCCAGGAGCCGACCGAAACGGCCCCCAUUGACUAUGCCGACUGGUUGACCAUGAUAGAGCCGGUGAUGACGGAUCUGUCAGACAGUUCGCAUGUUUGGUGGCGACUUGUGCUGGAUGAAUGCAGCGCAUGGUACUCUGAGUAUGUGAAGCUCCGACCACUUCAAAGAACAAGCUUUGAGAUCGAGGCCUCUGAAGAACUGAAGAAGACGAAGUGGGUUCGAGUGGAACGCCGAGCUGUUUCCAUGCUCAUGGAUGCCAUACCCACUGGAGUGAGAGAAGAGCUUGUUGCUACCAAGUCACUUUCUCCAGUGAAGGUGAUUGCCAAGUUGAUGACCAUCUACCAGCCUGGUGGACUACAUGAACGAACUGUGAUUCUGCGUCAGUUGGAGGAUCCUGGCGAAGCAGGAAACGCAGUGACUGGAGUCCAAAGUCUUCGGAAGUGGUUGCGAUGGUUGAGAAGAGCUCAGGAUGUCGGGUUAUGCUUACCCGAUUCCACUAUACUUUUGCGUGGUCUGACAAAGUUGAUGAAGAAGCUGCUGAACAACAACCCAGAACUAGCUUUCAGAACCUCACUUGUCAGAAACACACUCCAAUUGGAUACAAUUCCAAACCAUCAAACUGUGAGGACGUACUCUGAACACCUACUGUCGGAACUGGAGCAACUGGUCCACUUGGAGAAAAGGUCAAAGGUGGCUAAUGCAGAAAGAGCGACAGCUACAACCAGCCAGGUGAAGCAGUUGAACGCCGCAAGCAGUGGGAGCACAGAGGACAAGAAUGUGAAAAAGAAUGUGAAGGAAUGCAAGUUCUUUCAUCAGGAGGAUGGUUGCAGACGUGGUGCAGCUUGCACUUGGGGACACAAUGUAGAGCCAGGGGAGAAAAGGUGCUAUGUGUGCGGAUCCACCAAGCAUUUUGCGAGGGAGUGUCCACGCAAGGACAUUCAAAAAGACCCAAAGGUGCAGAAAGUGGAAAAGGAGGCUGAGGCCCCCAACAAAACCGCCAAUAAGAGCCCUGCCCCUGCUGAGGCCCCAGCAGUGGCAACAAAGGAGGCUGAGACCACCAAAGAAGAAGUUGCUAGUGUUGGAGGAGACUCUCUGCGAAGCGUCAUGGAAGAAGCUUCGAAGAUGCUGAAGAGCAUGGGAGUUGAAGAAAAGCCUACAAAGACCAGGGAAGAAAUGACCAAAGGACGGAUGCUGGAGCUACAGAAGGAGUUGCAACAGAUUCAGGACGGAUCGUGGAAGCCUAGAAUCAAUAUGAUGAAGACUGCCAUGGUUGCCCGAGUCAAGUUCGGCAAGAAAGCGUUGCUGGAUACUGGAGCCACUCACGCUCUGAGGUCCAAGAGGAGUGAUGAGAACCUGGUUGAGGGCAAAGAGUACAAGAAAGUGAGAGUGAACCUUGCAGCUGGAGGUUCAAAGACAAUGUGGAUGACGGAUGGAGGAACCCUGGUACAUGAAGAACCAGGGAUGGAACCGAUACUACCAGUUGGUCGUCUAGUACGAGAACUGGGAUGCAGCUUUGAGUGGAAAGAUGAUGAAUGCUUUCUUUUCCACCCCAUCAGGGGACAGAUAGCAGUGGAGGUCGAAGAAGGAUGUCCACAGAUCACCCAGGCAGAAGCGGAAAAGAUGGUGGAUGAACUUGAAGGAAUGAUGUCGCUUCGAAGCAUGAAAAAAGUGGCAUAUGAUGAUGCAUGUUGGGGCGCAGAAUGGAUGGCUGAGUUGGUAGAGAAACAUCCAGUACUGGCCUCAAUACCCUCACUUGUCAAGGACAACCUAGUGGAAGUGCCGGCCGAAGACCUUUCGCUUUUGAAGGCCAACAGAAGAACCAGGAGACGAUGGAUUGAACAAGGGGUCACUGUACAUUUGUACGCCGGGCCAGAAGAAGGCCUGACUCUGAAGAGAGCCUACUUGGAGAAGGGAGGUGAUGGCACGAGGUUGAUCGAAAUAGACGUGAAGAGAGGAGCACAUCAUGACAUGUUGAGAAUUGGAGGGAUGUACAGUACCCUCCUCAAGCUGGCAAUGCUAGGAGCCAUUGAUGCAGUGGUUGGUGGCCCAAAUUGCCGCACACGUUCAGUGCUGCGACACACACCAAGAGAAGGCUUCCCAGGACCAUCGAGGACGGCGGGAUACCCUUGGGGACUUCCAGAUGCUCCCCCUGAUGAACAAGGAAAGUUGUUGCAGGACGAUGCAUUGAUGCUGAGGAUGCUGACCCUGUACAUGGUUGCACAGAUAGCGAGAGAUGCAAUGGUGAAAGAAAGAAGCAAGAGGUGUUUGAAGGCCAAGGUUGGAUUUCUGUUGGAGCAGCCAGCAGCACCGGAGUGGUGUCCAGAAUGCGCUUCGUGGUGGAGAAAUCGAACAUGGUUGCUGUUCAAGCACUACUACCAGAUGGAAGAAGUGACGUUUUACCAAGGAGAUUUUGGAGGUGAAGCGAGAAAGCCAACAACAUGCGGAACAAACCUUGGGUUUCAACCACCAGACCCACUAGUACAUGGUGGGAGGAGCAGAGAACAAGGUCCAGAACUGGAUUCCAGUAAGCUCUCGAGGUGGGCUCCUGGGAUGAUGCAUGAAGUUGCAAGGCUUUUGAUAGAGGAAGUAGAAGGAAAAGAAGUUCGACUGAAGAAGUUGUCGUGGACUGCCCACGUUGACAAUGGACAUGUGCCGUUUCGGCGCGAUUGCGUGGUUUGCCAGAGGUCAGCAGCGAGACAAAGGCCGCAUAGAAGACAUGAUGAUCCAGAAGCGCAUUGUUUAGCUGUUGACAUUUGUGGCCCAUUGAAGUGGGGUCAGGACGUGGAUGGUGAAGAGAAGAAAUACCUUUUGGUCGGCUCCUACACGUGGCCAGUGGAAGGUAAGGACUCUGAUGAAAGCUUGGGGAUGUUGGAUGAGGAGACUGCUGAAGAUGAUGAAAUGCUUCCGGUUUUGGAAGAUGAAGAGGCAGAGCAAAGGGAGGCGUCAGCGUCUUCUUCCUCGCCACCCAAGAAGGAGGCUCAAGCAGAGGGUUUACCUUCAAGACCAGCAUCGAAAAGGAAAGGGGAGGAAGAGAAGCCUCCUGAGGAUGCAGAAAGUGCUGAGGAGAAGACUGAAGAAGGGAAGCUGGAAGAAAAGUUGAAGACAAAAGGAAUGCUGAAGCUGAUGACAUGUGUGCCAUUAGCCUCAAAGCAUGCGCUGGAUGUUUUGUCAGGAGUCCAAGAAUUGGUGGUGAAGCUCAGAAGGUAUGGCUACCCAGUCGUACGCCUGCACACGGACUAUGAAACAACCUUUGUCAACAAGCACUUGAAGGGAUGGUGCUUGAACCGAGGAAUUGUGAGGACAUCGUCCACCCCAGAAGAACACCAACAAAAUGGAAGAGCAGAAGCUGCAAUAGCUUCUAUCAAGGGAAGGGUGCGACGUCUCUUGCACUCCUCUGGCAUGGAGACGAAGUGGUGGCCGAUUGCAGCACGACAUGUGGUAGAGCUGGAGAGAAGAAGGUUUGAAAGGAUUGAGGACAAACUGCCAAGGUUUGGACAGAAGAUAGUGACAAGAAAGCGGAAAUGGAAAAGAGGAGAUGAGUUUGAAACGACAGCACAGGAAGUCACUUACCUGACUCCAAUCCCAGAAGUUUCAAAAGGACAUGCGGUUAUGGAAGAAGAUGGAAGUUUCAAGGUGGUGAGCUGCCUGAUCCAGGACUGCAAAGAGCCGCAGGAAGAAGAAAAGAAGUUGGAGUUAGAAGAAGUGAUUCAAGAAAGGGACCCUAUGGAAGCGCGAAGAAGACUGAGGAAAAAGAUGUCAGUCGCUUCUUUGAGGAUUCCAGAAGAAGAAUUUGCAGAAAGUAUCAAGCUGUUCCAGGCAGUUUUGGAGCAGGAUGAAGACGAGGUCAUUCCGGCAGUGAUGAAAGGGAUGAUUGCCAUCAGAAAGGAAAUGGCGGCACUGCAAGAAGGCCGACUUGAAGAAGAAGUGCUACAGACCAGGGUAGUUUCCAACCAGGAAGUGUAUCAAAACAAAGAUGAGUGGGUUGGAGCUAUCAGAAAGGAGAUUAACAAUUUGGUGCAGAAAGGAGCAGUCAAGAGGCUGACCAAAGAGGAAGCUGCGUACUACAAGAGAGAGCAUGCAGACAAGUUGGAGGUGGUGCCAGGAAAAGCAGUACACACGAUAAAAGCACCAGAUGGUAAGAGGAAAUGCCGCCUGGUGGUGUGUGGGAAUCACCUUCAAGGAGGAGACAAAAAAGAAACCAAGGAGGAACAUGCCAACUACUAUGCAGGAGGGGCAGACACAAUCUGCCUGCGACUUGCACUGUCCAUGGCAGCACGCUAUGGGUGGGACAUUGCAGGUUUAGAUGUGGUUGCAGCGUUUUUGAACGCGCAGCUGGGGGACGUGCAUGAGAAACCACAACCAAGAGAAGACCCAACAAGAGACAGAGGCCGCAUUGUGUUGAUGCAACCACCGCGGGUUCUGGAAAGACUAGGUCUGAUCGAAGUUGGAGAGCUUUGGCUAGUGGAACGUGCCCUCUAUGGACUGAGAGAGUCGCCUCGCCUGUGGAGUGAUCACAGGGAUGGAACCCUACAUGGCAUGGAAAUACAACAAGGAGGCAGGACGUUGAAGUUGCUGCCGAGUUUUGCAGAAGAAAACCUUUGGCUGAUCAAGGAUACCAGCCUUAGAGAUGAAGGUGGAGUGCAAGGAUUGGUUUUGAUUUACGUGGACGACAUGUUGGUCAUGUCGAACCCGGAGAUCACCAACAUGGUGGUGGAAAAGAUACAGAAGACAUGGGAAGUGACCAAACCUCAAUGGGUCACUGAAACAGAGCCAGUUCGGUUCUGCGGGAUCGAGAUCUACAAGAACAACGAAGGGGAUUACUUUGCGGGACAGCAGUCCUUUGUGAAAGAAGUGCUGAAGCGCCACAACUGCAAGGAGUUUGCGGCAUCCCCUUUGAAAGACAACUUCGAGCCGGAGGAGGAGCUAGAUAGGACAAGAGAGGAGAUCCAACUGGCCCAAAAACUGGCCGGAGAACUGCUGUGGUUGGCCGGAAAGACCCGACCCGACCUAGCUUACACUACCAGCCGUAUCUGUUCAAAUGCAACCAGGUCUCCAAAAUGGUGUGCAGGAGCAGCUGCACACACCAUGAAGUACCUCAACAGAACCUGGGGUAUGGGACUGUACUUCAGGAAGAAGGGAGGGAAUGUCCUGGAAGUGGCAACAGAUGCCAGUUUUGCACCAGGUGGUGGUUUGUCGCAUGGCUCAGUGGUAGCAAGCAUGGGAGGUACGCCAGUGAUGUGGAGGUCCUCAAAACAGCCUUUCCCCUGUUUGUCUACCGCAGAGACUGAGCUGGUAGAAGCCAUCGAGGGAGUCAUAGUUGGAGACUCUUUAGCAUGCAUAGUGGAGGAGUUGGAAGGAAGAGUGGAUAAGCAGCUGGUAUGUGACAACAUGGCAGCCGUGGCUUUGUCCACCACGCGGACAGGAGCUUGGCGCACACGGCAUUUGAAAGUACGUGCGACACACCUCAAAUGGAGGGUGGAAGCUGGAGACUGGAAGAUGCACCAUCGACGGGGCACAGAGCUCGUCGCAGACAUGGGUACAAAGCUUCUUGGUGCCAACAAAACGAAGGAUCUGUCAAAGAAGAUGAAUCUGGAAUGGCUACCAGAUGUAGUAGCUUUCUCCAGAGCGAAGGAAGAAAGGAUUGAGAAAGAGGAAGAAAAAUUGGCAGAGGAACAGGACAGAGAACCAGCUGUGACGGUAUCCAAGAAGGUCUUUGCAGGAGAUAUGGAAAAGGUGGUAAAGAUCGCCACCCUCAUGGCGGUACUUCAGAAGGUAGAAAGAGUAUAUGCCAUGGACAAGAGUGAGACGGAAGAAGGAUCAGAAGUUUUGGCGGCAUUUGGCUUGUUGAUGAUGAUCCUUGGAGUGGUUUUGUACAAGUUGGUAGAAAGAAUGUGGAAGAUCUUUCAUGAGAAGAGAGAUCACGAGGAAUGCCAAGCUCGCGCCCUUACGCGCGACUCUCGCGCCCUUAUGCGCGACUCUCGCGGCCUUAUGCGCGACUCUCGCGGCCUUACGCGCGACUUUCGCGGCUUCAUGCGCGAUCGAGAACGUCACCAACUUCAUGUACGCGAAGAAGAAGAAGAGAUAAGUUGUGAAGAAGGAGAACAGACCACCGUGAAAGUGGCGACUCUGAGGAUGAGAAAAGCUGAAAAUAAAGGUUCCAAUGAAAAAAGACAGGAAGGAGGAAGCUUCGCUACCAGAAGCGACAGUCACACAACCGAGAAAGGCACGGAGGAACGACAUGACAAAAAGGGAGCACAGACAGACGGAGCUGUGGGAACCCUGGAGGAGAGGAAGCCCAGUCUGCUCGUCCUGGACGACGCUGUGGGAACCCUGGAGGAGAGGGAGCCCAGUCUGCGGGUCCGAGCGGAGCAGUGCCCACUCCUGGAUGGCGCUGUGGGAACCCUGGAGGAGAGGGAGCCCAGUCUGCGGGUCCGAGUGGUGCAAAGCCUAACCAAGGAGAGGGAGCUCGGUCUGCGCGUCCAGAUAGUGCAGAGAAGCCGAACCUGGUGGGGCCAAUCAUCACACCAAAUGGGAGGAGAUUCCAUAGAAGCAGUGGAUGCCCGACGUUGGCACAGUCUUGGAAAGGAAGAAAGCCGCUUUGUGGUGAAUGUGGCGGGCCUGUCCAAGUUGGAGCUGAAUGGCCAGCGUGGCACCGUGCUGCCCUUGGAAUCGCCGGAGCAGGCCCGACAGCUGGGCCGUCUUCCGGUGAUGAUGCACAGCGGCAAACAGCUUUCGCUGAAAGUGGUGAAUUUGGUGAAGAUCCAAGAGCCCAGGUCCAGGGCUAGCUGCGGUGCUUUUUCUCGCUCUGCACGGCGGAAGUUGAUCCCCAGUUCCAUGAGAGCCGGUGGCAGGGAGCUGGUGGUCAUGAUCUUCAACCUGCAGUACUUGGCCAGCUUUCCUCAGGAUCCCAACGUAGCCAGGCGACGCUUGCUGGAGAUUACCGGUGGCAAGCGGCCAGAUGUCAUCGCUGUACAGGAAGCCUUAGAGGGAAUCGAUUUGCUGGCAGAGGUGGGAUACACCAAGUUGAUCUCAUCUGCAGUGAAGGCAGUAGCCUUGCGGGAAGCACUCUAUGGUGAUGAGAACGCCCUAGAGGCAGUGCCAUCCGUUGCGCAUGACAGCCUGAUGGUCAACGAGCUUUACCUCAACGCUGAUUGUCAUUGGGAAGUGCUAGCGACGGGCGUGGAGCAGAUUUCUUCUUCCCGGAUGGUCUCCAUAGGCGGGAACACGGAGGUGCCUUUGGCACCAAGGUCAGUGGUGUGGGUCAAGCUCGGGCUGGGAAGCGAGGGCCCUGCUGUCUUUGUGAUGAACACUCAGCUCAGUGGCUCGCGAAUCGAGGAUGAGUUGUUGCUGCCUCACCUCGCCGAUGAGAGGAGUGGACAAGUGGCCCGUGUUGUCGAGCUCUUUCAACAGCAUUCAGCUGAGGAAGAUGUUGGCCUUUUGCUGGGUGACUUCGGUGCUGUGUCCGGACCUUUGAGCGUGGAGGCUCCCGAGGCUGCGAAGGCCCCUUUGGUGCGUCUCGAAGCUCUGGGCUGGUCCUUGGCAUAUGACCAGAGCGUGGUCCCCGCAAGCUGUUUCUUAGGCUAUCUCUCUGACUUCAUGGUCACCAGUCGCAAGGUGCAGCCACUAAGUGUGGAAGCCAUGUCCACAGCCAAUAUCAUUGGAGAGGCGCAGUUGGACGCCCCUUUGUCAGAUCAUCAGGCCGUGAAGGCAGUGUUUUCCAUCGGUUCACUGCAGUCGUCGCGUACCGCUGCAGUUCCGAGUGCCAUGGAGGCGGAGAUUCCCAUUUUGGGCUUCGGCAGUCACUUUUUGCCCGAAGAUCUUCGCGACGAACGCCUCUCGGAUGAGGAGUUCUACCGAAGUGUGGACCAGCUCACGCAAGACGCGGUGAAGGAAGCGCUUGCAUUUGGGGUGAGGCUCUUUGACAGCGGCACAGGUCACCAAAAUCAACAGAGCCUUGGGCUUGCGCUCGAGAAGGAGAUCAAAGGAGGCCUGGCGCGCAGCGAGAUCUUCGUGUGCGGACGCAUUCACAAGUGCAAGGAUAGGGAGCAGCUUCGCCAAGAUUUGGAGAUGUUGCUCAGUGAGUUGAGGCUGGAGUACGUGGACGUGCUGAUCGCUGAUUGUCCACCAGAGCUGGUUCCAGCAGCGUGGCCAUACUUCGAGGAGGUAGUGCGCGAAGGUCGCGCGCGCUUCCUGGGCGUUUCCAACUUUGAUCUCUUGGGGCCCAAGGUCUGUGUGGAGGUCUUCCGGAAGUUCCUGUCGCGCACGAAGAUUCCACCAGCGGUGAUGGCACUGGAGGUGCAUCCCUUGAACAGCAACGUGGAGAUGUGUGAACUCUGCGACACCAUUGGGAUCCAGGUCUUGGCAUAUUCGCCACUGGGGUCACCUGGGAAGGUGGAAUGCUUCAUGAACGUUUUAACCAAAUCGGAUGCGCGCGAGCUGCGUCCUCUGCUGAAGGUCCCGGACCUGGAACAGCUGCAGCAGAUCGCUGAACGACAUGCGAAGACGGCUGCGCAGGUGGCAUUGCGCUGGAGCCUUCAGCGCGGCCAUUGCAUUCUCCCAAAGAGUUGGAAUCCGCAGCAUAUCCGAGAGAACAGCGAUGUCUUUGACUUCAGUCUUUCAUCAGAGGAGAUGGCAAAGAUUACGAAGCUUCACAAAGGGGUCCGUGCCGAGCGCUUCUACCAAGCCUCCUUCGCAGCUUCCAAGGCUCUUCCCCGCAUGACCCGCGAAGCCUUCGAUGAGUGCCAAGAUAUCUUGAAGAAGAUCCGAGGCCCAAAAGGGACUUUGAUUUCGCCUUGUCCUCAUGCUGGCCUGGAUUCUCCAGUGCCCUUGCCUAUGGAUGUGGCGCAAAGGGGUGGCCAUGACAUGACCAACGGCAAGGUGGACUGGGAGAAGUUGGGCUUUCAUCGGCCUGUGGAGGAAGAGCCGGGUUUUUGGCGUCGUAUGGGCUUGGCCACCGGGAAGGGCAUUGAUGGCGGCAAGGGCAAAGGCAAACGAUUCCCUUUGCUGAAAGAUGGCCUACCAGUUGGUGGCAAGGGUGUUCCACACUCUGCCAUGGUCGGCUACAGAUAG